GCGCGUAGGCAACCAUUACUAUAUAGACUUCCACUGCGAAGCUCUGCCACCAGCUCUGACUCCCUACAAACCUUGUACCACUCGUCAACACAUGUUCCGUUGAACCCCGAAUGUUCUAUUCUUAUCUGUAACACCGGCUCUCUGCUUCCAGACCGACCCUCCGACCUUUAUCAGACCGUGGUGCAAACACCAGACCCUGAUUCUGUCCAGAUUCGUUCUGACAGCCAAGCAAACAUCCUGUUCGGGGUGCUUUGCUUUUCUCGCCUCCCAAAUAUAGCAGGUCUUACCCUGAAGAGUCAAACGAAGCGACAAACGUACGAUGCCUAAGCACGCUUUCUCGGCUGUCACGGUCCAGAUCGAUCGAUUGACGAGCGAGCAAUACGAGGAGAAUGAUGUUGGUGGUGUUGUUGAUCUCAUCGAGGUCAUUCGCAUCCAGGCAUCAGGUCCCACAGAGGCAGCACGAGCUCUGCGAAAGAAGCUCAAAUAUGGCAAUGUACAUCGCCAGAUCCGCGCCCUUGUCAUAAUGGACGCUCUGAUCCAGAAUGCUGGAACUAGAUUUCAGAAAGCGUUCGCAGAUGAGCCACUUCUCGAGCGACUCCGCAUCCUGGCUAGGGACGACACAGUCGAUGCGGAAGUACGGCAGAAGGCCAAUGUUCUGUUCCGAAGCUGGGCUGUCGCAUACAAGGGAACGCCUGGCCUUGAGCGGAUGGCUGCACUACACAAAGAACUUCCUCGUACCAAGCGUCCUCAGCCACAACAAUCUCGGAUUGUGCGACAGCAAGAUGCCGAAGCUGCGCGUGAGCGUGAGGAGCAUUCGCAGUCUCCUCCUAGAAGCAGGCGACCGGAGCCACCCCACACGUCUUCUUCACGAACGACCACACCUGUUGUACUCGGUGCUGGUACCCCUCUUCCAACCACUUCACUUUUCAAGAGGGACAAGAAAGACAAAAAGAAGACCAAGGGGCAGCCGUUCAACCUCGAAAGGGAGAAAGGUCAGAUGCUUGAGACAAUGGCAUCGGCAAAUGUCGCCAGUACGAAUUUGCUGAACGGACUGCAACUCAUCAACCGCGAGCAACAGCGUGUCAGCGAGAACGCGGAAGUUAUGCGACGUUUCGAGACGUGCAAGCAACUGCGUCGCCAGAUCUUGCGCUACAUCCACUUGGUCGAGUCCGAGCAGUACAUCGGUGGUCUUCUCAAUGCCAACGACGAGCUAGUCAAGGGUCUCAUGGCGUUCGAGCUCAUGGACAAGAGCAUCGACGAUGAUAGUGACAGUGACAACGAGGAGGGCAAUGUAUCUGCCGCUGAAGCAGCUAUGGCGAAUAUGGGUAUGAAUGAGUCCGCUCCUCCGAAGCCGCCUAGGCCCACGAGCAUCCCCAUGCCUCCGCAACGCGUCGAGCCGGACAGUGAGCCAGAGGAGGAUGAGGAUGACCCGUUCGGAGACAGUAAUGCCGUCAAAACACCAUUCGCAGAGAAGGGCCAACCAACUUGGAGAGACGUCUAACACACCAAAGACACAAUGCGAACAAGACCUGCAUGUUCACGGGGAGACACAGUGUUGGGCUUUCCUCAUCUCAUGUUUAGCAAUACCCUUUCCUACCGCUCCACCAUCUAGAUAGAUCUCAAUACAACAUUUCCACACCA